CGAACUCAGCCGCGCUCCGCGUUGAAAAGUGGCGGCGCGGCGGCGGCUGCCUGCAGAGCCUUCGCGCCCGCGGCCGGCCGGCAGCUGGGCUCCUCCCGUCGCUUCUUCCUGUCAUCGGUUCUCCCUUGCACCCUUCCGCGGCGCGGUUCGGCUCGCCGCGAUGUCCGCGCUUCUCCUGGCCCUGGCGACCCUGUGGGGAUUACCGCCCGUAGCCGCGGCGCUGGCAGCGGGAGUCGGCGGAGACGACCGUCGCUUGUGUGACGUAGGAGAGUUUCUGUGUCACGAUCUGGUGACCUGUGUCUCCCAGCACUGGCUGUGUGAUGGAGAGCCUGACUGCCCUGAUGAUUCAGAUGAGUCUCUAGACACAUGUCCUGAGGAAGCAGAUUCCAGGUGCAGCCCGAAUCACAUUGCCUGCAUUGGCACCACCAGGUGCAUUCACUUGUCCCAGCUCUGCAACGGCAUCCACGACUGCUCCGACGGCUCUGACGAAGGCGUGCACUGCCGGGAACUGCUGCCCGGAUGCCAGCAGCUGGACUGCCAGUACCGAUGUGCCGUCACCAGGAGCGGCAGCAGGUGUUACUGCGGCCGUGGGCAGGAGCCCGGCAGCGAUGGGAGGAGCUGCACAGAUGUGAAUGAAUGUGAUGUAUAUGGAAGCUGCAGCCAGAUGUGUGCAAAUACAGAGGGAUCCUACACUUGCAGCUGCGUGGAGGGUUACGUCCUGCAGCCUGAUAACAAAUCCUGCAAGGCCAAAAGUGAGCCUGCUGAUGCACCUCCCCUCCUGCUGGUCGCCAGCUCGGAGGCAGUCGAGGUUCUCUAUCUGAAUGGAAGCAAAGCAUCUGCCCAGGCUCCUCUGAAAGGAGCUGCAGUUCUAACUCUGGACUACAGCUACAAGCAGGACACAGUUUGCUGGGUUGAAUCAAGGGAUCUUUCGAGCCAGCUGAAGUGCGGCAGGAUAACAAAAGCUGGGAAGUUGACAGAGGAGUGGAUAGUGAACAUUGCUCAGCAUCUCCACAAUGUGCAGCAGAUGGCAGUGGACUGGAUCACUGGGAACUGGUACUUCGUGGAUCACGUCAGCGGCAGGAUCUUCGUCUGCAGCCAGAACGGGUCGGUGUGCAUCACCCUCAUCGAGCUGGACCUCACUCACCCUAAGGCCAUAGCUGUUGAUCCAACUGCAGGAAAGCUUUUCUUCACAGACUGCGGCAGCGCAGCCAAGGUGGAGCGGUGCGACAUGGACGGCAUGAACAGGACGUGGAUCGUGCGCUCCAGGCUUGAACAGCCAACUGCUCUUGCUCUGGACCUGGUCAAUAAGUAUGUCUACUGGCUGGACAUCUAUCUGGAGAGCGUGGAAGUCGUUGACUACCAGGGCAGAAAGAGGCACGCAGUCAUUGAAGGCAGACAGAUCAGGCAUCUCUGUGGCUUGGCAGUAUUUGAGAGCUAUUUGUACACAUUUAGUUCAGAUAAGCUCAGCAUCUUACGAGUAAGCAGGUUCAAUGGCUCCGAGGUCCAGGCUCUCGCCAGGCUCGACAACGCCAGAGAGCUGCGUGUCUACCAGAGAAGAGCUCAAACAGCAGCCAGGAGCCACGCCUGUGAAGUGGACCCGCACGGCCUGCCAGGGGGAUGCUCUCACAUCUGCCUGCUCAGCAGCACCUACAAGGCUCGGACGUGUCGCUGCAGGACUGGCUUCAUCCUGGGGAGCGACGGCAGGUCCUGCAAAAGACCGAAGAAUGAGUUGUUCCUCUUUUACGGGAAGGGACGCCCAGGAAUCAUACGGGGAAUGGACCUCAGCACCAGAGUGUCUGAUGAGUACAUGGUGCCCAUAGAGAGCCUGGUGAACCCUCGUGCUCUGGACUUCCACGCCGAGAGCAGCUGCAUUUACUUUGCCGACACCACCAGCUUCCUGAUCGGCAGGCAGAAGGUCGAUGGCACAGGGCGAGAGACCAUCCUCAAGGACGACCUUGAUAAUGUGGAAGGCAUAGCAGUGGACUGGAUUGGAAACAAUCUGUACUGGACAAACGAUGGCCAGAGGAAGACGAUUGCUGUAGCCAGGCUGGAAAAAGCUGCUCAGAGUAGAAAAACUCUGUUGGAGGGAGACAUGUCCCACCCCCGAGGGAUCGUCGUGGAUCCUGUCCAUGGCUGGAUGUAUUGGACAGACUGGGAAGAAGAUGAAAUAGAUGACAGUGUGGGAAGAAUUGAGAAGGCAUGGAUGGAUGGCUACAGCCGGCAGAUCUUUGUGACAUCAAAGAUGCUGUGGCCAAAUGGUUUGACUCUGGACUCUGAGGCAGAUAUGCUGUACUGGUGUGAUGCCUAUUAUGAUCACAUCGAAAGGAUCUUCCUGAAUGGAACUGACAGAAAGGUGGUCUACAGUGGAAAAGACUUGAACCAUCCUUUUGGGCUGUCACAUCAUGGAAAUCAUAUUUACUGGACAGAUUAUAUGAAUGGGUCCAUUUUCAAGCUGGAUCUGGUUACGAGGAAUGUGACCCUGCUGAGAAGAGAGAGACCACCUUUGUUUGGGCUGCAAAUCUAUGAUCCCCGUAAACAGCAAGGUGAUAAUGCCUGUCGUGUUAACAACGGAGGCUGCAGCACUCUGUGCUUAGCCAUUCCUGGAGGCAGAGUUUGUGCCUGUGCUGAUCAUCAGCUGCUGGAGGAGAAUGGAACAGCCUGCACGAGUAAAGCCACGGAGGUGCUGCCCCAGCUGUGCAAGGCUGAGCAGUUCCAGUGCCACAACAAGCGCUGCAUCCAGGACCGCUGGCGCUGCGACGGGGACGACGACUGCCUGGAUGGCAGCGAUGAGCAGGCUGAGAGCUGCAUCAAUCACAGUUGCCCUGAUGAUCAGUUUAAGUGCCAGAACAAUCGCUGCAUUCCCAAGAGGUGGCUUUGUGAUGGAACUAACGACUGUGGUAGCAAUGAAGAUGAAUCAAGUGAAACCUGCGCAGCAAGGACGUGCCAGGCCGAGCAGUUCUCCUGCGGCAACGGGCGCUGCAUCCCCACCUCCUGGCUCUGUGACAGGGAGGAUGACUGCGGGGAUGGGACUGAUGAAAUGGCAUCCUGUGAAUUCCCAACCUGUGAGCCUCUGACUCAGUUUAUAUGCAGAAAUGGAAGGUGCAUUAGCAGCAAGUGGCUCUGUGAUUCAGAUGACGACUGUGGUGAUGGCAGUGAUGAGCUGGGCUGCAUUCACUCGUGUUCUGCUGAUCAGUUCAGGUGUUCUAAUGGCAGAUGUGUCCCAGGCCACUGGGCCUGUGAUGGUGACAAUGACUGUGGAGACUUCAGUGAUGAAACCAAACCAAACUGCAGCAAGGAAGAAACCCCUUCUCCUGGAAGAUGCAGUGGGAAGGAAUUCCAGUGCAGCCCUGAUGGGAACUGUGUUCCUGAGCUGUGGCGCUGCGAUGGGGAGAAGGACUGCGAGGAUGGCAGCGACGAGAGAGGCUGCAAUGGAACCAUCCGGCGGUGCGAUGGCACAACCAAGUUCUCCUGCAGGAGCACAGGGAGAUGCAUUAGCAAAGCGUGGCUAUGUGAUGGCGAUGUUGAUUGUGAGGAUCAGUCUGAUGAGGAUAAUUGCGAGGGCUAUAUGUGUGGACCACCAAAAUACCCUUGUGCUAAUGAUACCUCCAUCUGCCUACAGCCUGAGAAGCUCUGCAAUGGGAGAAGAGAUUGUCCUGAUGGAUCUGAUGAAGGCGAUCUUUGUGACGAGUGCUCCCUCAACAACGGUGGAUGUAGCCAUCGGUGUUCUGUGGUGCCCAGAGGAAGGAUUGUGUGCUCCUGCCCUGCAGGAUUCGCUCUUGGAGCAGACAACAAGACCUGUGAGGUUAUGGAUUAUUGUACCAAGCACCUGAAGUGCAGCCAGGUCUGUGAACAGCACAAAAGUACCGUCAAGUGCUCGUGUUACGAGGGCUGGACGCUCAGCAAGGAUGGAGAGAGCUGCGUUAGUACUGAUCCCUUCGAGGCCUUCAUCAUCUUCUCUAUCCGACACGAGAUCAGAAAAAUUGACCUUCACAAACGUGACUACAGCCUCCUGGUUCCUGGGCUGAGAAACACCAUAGCUCUGGAUUUUCAUUUUGGACAGAGCUUACUGUACUGGACAGAUGUGGUAGAGGACAAGAUUUACAGAGGCAAGCUCUCGGACACCGCAGGUGUUGGUGCCAUUGAGGUGGUGGUGCAGCACGGGCUGGCCACGCCUGAAGGCCUGACUGUGGACUGGAUUGCAGGGAACAUUUACUGGAUAGACAGCAACUUGGACCAGAUCGAAGUGGCCAAGCUGGACGGCACUUUGAGAACAACCUUAAUAGCAGGAGCUAUGGAGCACCCCAGGGCCAUCGCUUUGGACCCCAGAUAUGGAAUUCUGUUUUGGACAGACUGGGAUGCAAAUUUUCCUCGCAUUGAAUCUGCUUCCAUGAGUGGAGCAGAAAGGAAGAUCAUAUACAAAGACAUGGACACUGGAGCCUGGCCUAAUGGCCUUACUGUGGAUCACUUUGAGAAAAGAAUAGUGUGGACAGAUGCCAGGUCGGAUGCCAUUUAUUCAGCGCUGUAUGAUGGAACCAGCAUGAUAGAAAUCAUCAGGGGGCACGAAUAUCUUUCCCACCCUUUUGCUGUGUCUCUCUAUGGGAGUGAAGUCUAUUGGACAGACUGGAGGACCAAUACACUUGCAAAAGCCAACAAGUGGACUGGCCAAAACGUCAGUGUCAUACAAAAAACAAGUGCUCAGCCAUUUGACCUUCAGAUAUAUCACCCAAGUCGUCAGCCCCAAGCUCCCAAUCCGUGUGCUGCCAACGAGGGCAGAGGGCCAUGUUCUCACAUGUGCCUGAUCAACCACAACAGAAGUGCUGCCUGUGCCUGCCCACAUCUGAUGAAGCUGUCUUUAGACAAGAAAACCUGUUUUGAGAGGAAGAAGUUCCUUCUGUACGCGAGGCGCUCGGAAAUCCGCGGCGUGGACCUCGAGAACCCCUACUUCAACUUCAUCACAGCCUUCACCGUCCCCGACAUCGACGAGGUCACCGUCAUCGACUUCGACGCCCUGGAGGAGCGCCUCUACUGGACCGACGUCAAAACGCAGACCGUCAGGAGGGCCUUCAUUAACGGCACCGGCUUGGAAACCCUCAUCUCCAGAGACACUCAGAGCAUCAGGGGCCUUGCAGUGGACUGGAUAUCGCGGAACCUCUACUGGAUUAGCUCGGAACUUGACGAAACCCAGAUUAACGUGGCACGUUUGGACGGCUCCUUGAAGACCUCAGUCAUCCACGGCAUCGAUAGGCCCCAGUGCCUGGCAGUCCACCCAGUGAAAGGUAAGCUCUACUGGACAGAUGGGAACACAGUUAACAUGGCAAACAUGGAUGGCAGCAACAGCAAAAUUCUCUUUCAGAACCAGAAAGAUCCUGUUGGGUUAUCAAUAGAUUAUGGGGAGAACAAACUCUACUGGAUCAGUUCAGGAAAUGGAACCAUAAACAGAUGCAACUUGGAUGGUGGUAACCUUGAAAUAAUAGACUCCAUGAAGGAAGACUUAACAAAGGCUACAGCUUUGACCAUCAUGGACAAAAAGCUGUGGUGGGCAGACCAGAACUCAGCUCAGAUUGGCACCUGCAACAAAAAAGAUGGAAGAAACCCAACUGUGCUGCGCAACAAAACGUCAGGAGUGGUACACAUGAAGGUCUAUGACAAAGCAGCACAGCAAGGCAGCAAUUCCUGUCAGCUGAACAAUGGUGGAUGCUCCCAGCUUUGUCUGCCCACGUCAGAGACCAGCAGGACCUGUGUGUGCACAGUGGGCUACAACCUGCAGAGGAACCGCGUGGCGUGCAAAGGUAUUGAAUCAUUUCUGAUGUAUUCUGUUCACGAGGAGAUCAGAGGAAUUCCUCUUGACCCAAAUGAUAAAAUGGAUGCCUUAAUGCCUAUCUCUGGAGCUUCAUUUGCUGUGGGCAUAGACUUCCAUGCAGGGAAUGACACAAUCUACUGGACAGACAUGGGCUCCAACAAAAUCAGCAGGGCUAAACGGGACCAAACGUGGAAGGAGGACAUUGUUACCAAUGGGCUGGGAAGAGUUGAAGGCAUUGCUGUGGACUGGAUCGCAGGUAACAUCUAUUGGACAGAUCAUGGCUUCAACUUGAUUGAAGUGGCCAGGCUGAACGGCUCCUUCCGCUACGUGGUUAUAUCCCAGGGCUUGGACCAGCCGAGGUCUAUCGCGGUGCACCCGGAGAAGGGGUAUUUGUUUUGGACAGAGUGGGGCCAGACUCCUUGCAUAGGCAAGGCACACUUAGAUGGAUCCGAGAAGGUGGUGCUCGUGAGCCUGGGGAUCGCAUGGCCCAACGGGAUUUCCAUCGACUACGAGGAAAAUAAAUUAUAUUGGUGUGAUGCUCGUACGGACAAGAUAGAGAGGAUUGACCUUGAGAGUGGAGGGCAUCGGGAGAUUGUGCUGUCAGGGAGCAAUGUGGAUAUGUUUUCAGUGGCGGUCUUUGGAGCUUACAUCUACUGGUCUGACAGAGCACAUGCAAAUGGCUCUAUUAGAAGAGGCCACAAGAAUGAGGCCACGGAUGCUGUGACCAUGAGGACUGGCCUGGGAAUAAACCUGAAGGAAGUGAAAGUCUUUAAUAGAGCACGAGAGAAAGGUACUAACAUUUGUGCCAAGAACAAUGGUGGCUGCCACCAGCUGUGCCUGUACCGGGGCAGCGCCCGCCGGAGCUGUGCGUGUGCACACGGCUACCUUGCAGAGGAUGGGGUUGCUUGCCUGAGGCACGAAGGUUACCUGCUCUACUCAGGAAGGACAAUAUUAAAAAGUAUCCACCUCUCAGAUGAAACCAACCUAAACUCACCUGUGAGGCCCUACGAGAAUCCAGAGUACUUCAAAAACGUGAUAGCUCUGGCUUUCGACUACAGCCUGAAAGGGAGAGGCACCAACCGCAUCUUCUUCAGCGAUGCACACUUUGGCAACAUCCAGGUCAUCAAAGACAACUGGACUGGCAGACAAGUGCUGAUUGAAAAUGUCGGCUCAGUGGAGGGCCUUGCUUAUCACAGAGCUUGGGACACUCUCUAUUGGACCAGCUCAACCACAUCCUCAAUCAUGAGGCACACUGUUGACCAGAGACGACGAGGAGCCUUCAACCGGGAAGCAGUAAUAACCAUGUCUGAAGAUGAUCACCCACAUGUGUUGGCUCUAGAUGAAUGUCAGAACUUAAUGUUCUGGACGAACUGGAACGAGCAGCUCCCCAGCAUCAUGAGAUCGACCCUUUCGGGCAGAAACGCCCAGGCUAUCGUCAGCACCGACAUCCUGACGCCCAACGGGCUCACCAUCGACCACAGGGCCGAGAAGCUGUACUUCUCCGACGGCAGCCUGGGCAAGAUCGAGAGGAGCGAGUACGAUGGGUCGCAGAGAUACGUGAUUGUCAAAUCUGGACCAGGUACCUUUCUCAGCCUGGCUGUGUACGAUGAUUACAUCUUCUGGUCAGAUGGGGUGAGGAGAGCUAUCCUGCGUUCCAGUAAAUACACAGGAGGGGACACCAAAGUGCUGCGGUCUGAUAUCCCCCACCAGCCCAUGGGCAUCAUUGCUGUUGCCAACGACACCAACAGCUGUGAGCUGUCUCCCUGUGCGCGGCUGAACGGAGGCUGCCACGACUUGUGCCUUCUGACCGCCGAUGGCCGCGUGAACUGCUCCUGCAGAGGGGACAGGGUGCUGGUAGAUGAGAACAGAUGUGUGACUAAGAAUUCCACUUGCAACAUCUACUCUGAGUUUGAGUGUGGCAAUGGUGAAUGCAUUGAUUACCAACUGACCUGUGAUGGCAUUGCUCAUUGUAAGGACAAGUCUGAUGAGAAGCUCUUCUACUGCGAAAACAGAGGCUGCCGGAAGGGUUUCAAGCCGUGUGCCAAUCGCCGCUGUGUUCCAAGCAGCAGAGUCUGUGAUGGUGCAAACGACUGUGGUGACAACUCUGAUGAAUUUGACUGCAAAGAUUCAGCGUGUGCCUCGGCAGAAUUCCGCUGUGCAGAUGGGAUGUGCAUUGGAAAAUCAGCUCGCUGCAACCAGAUCAUUGACUGUGCAGACGCUUCAGAUGAAAAGAACUGCAAUAAUACAAACUGUGCUUACUUCUAUAAACUUGGGAUCAAAUCUUCAGGAUUUAUUAGCUGCAACUCCACUUCCCUUUGCAUACUGCCAGAGUGGCUAUGUGAUGGAUCUAACGACUGUGGUGACUAUACAGAUGAGCUGAAAUGCCCAGUUCAAAACAAACCCACAUGUGAAGAAAAUUAUUUUGGUUGUCCUAGUGGAAGAUGUGUUCUGACCACCUGGCUUUGUGAUGGGCAGAAAGACUGUGAGGAUGGAGCGGAUGAGCUGCACUGUGAUUCGUCUUGUUCAUGGAACCAAUUUGCCUGCUCUGCAAACAAAUGCAUCUCAAAGCAAUGGGCUUGUGAUGGUGAGGAUGACUGUGGAGAUGGCUUAGAUGAGAGCGAUGCUGUCUGUGGCUCAGUGACCUGUGCAGCAGACACUUUCAGUUGCUUAGGCUCCCACGCCUGUGUGCCCCGGCACUGGCUUUGUGAUGGUGAAAGAGACUGCCCCGACGGGAGCGACGAGCUGGCGACAGCAGGCUGUGCUCCCAAUAACACCUGUGACGAGAAUGCUUUCACGUGCCACAACAAAGUCUGCAUUCCCAAACAGUUUGUGUGUGACCACGAUGAUGACUGUGGAGAUGGAUCAGAUGAGUCCCUGGAAUGUGGGUACCGCCACUGUCGCCCUGGAGAGUUCACCUGUGCCGAUGGAAGGUGCCUGCUAAAUUCCCAGUGGCAGUGUGAUGGUGACUUUGACUGCCCAGACCGCUCCGAUGAGGCCCCAGUAAAUGCCAAGUGCAGCAGCUCAGAGCAGUCAUGUAACAGCUCCUUUUUCAUGUGCCAAAACGGGAGGUGCAUUCCUCAGCACGAGGUCUGCAAUGACAGAGAGGACUGCAGCGAUGGCUCUGACGAGAGGAGCUGCCACAUUAACGAGUGCCUCAGUAAGAAAGUCAGUGGCUGUUCUCAGGACUGUCAGGAUCUUCCUGUGGGAUACAAGUGCAAGUGCUGGCCUGGCUUCCUGCUGAAGGAUGAUGGCAAAACCUGUGUGGAUGUUGAUGAAUGCUCCUCUGGCUUUCCCUGUAGCCAGCAAUGCAUCAAUACCUAUGGCACCUACAAAUGCCUGUGUGGGGAUGGCUAUGAGGUACAACCUGAUAACCCAAAUGGCUGCAAGUCCCUUUCAGAUGAGGAACCUUUCUUAAUUCUGGCUGAUCAUCAUGAAAUAAGAAAAAUUAGCACUGAUGGAUCCAACUACACUUUGUUGAAACAGGGUCUGAACAAUGUGGUUGCAAUAGACUUUGAUUACAGAGAAGAGUUCAUCUAUUGGAUCGACUCCAGCAGACCCAACGGCAGCCGCAUCAACAGAAUGUGCUUGAAUGGAAGCGAUGUCAAGGUAGUCCACAACACAGCUGUGCCCAACGCGCUGGCUGUCGACUGGGUCGGGAAGAACCUCUACUGGUCGGACACCGAGAAGAGGCUGAUCGAGGUGUCUAAACUCAAUGGCUUGUACCCCACCGUCCUUGUCAGCAAGAGAGUGAAGUUCCCUAGAGACCUGUCCUUAGAUCCUCCAGCUGGCUACUUGUACUGGAUCGACUGCUGCGAGUACCCUCACAUCGGCCGCGUCGGCAUGGACGGCUCCAGCCAGGCAGUUGUCGUAGAGACUCAGAUGGCCAGGCCCAUGGCUCUUACUAUAGAUUAUGUCAACCACAGGCUCUACUGGGCUGAUGAAAACCACAUCGAGUUUGCUGACAUGGAUGGAUCUCACAGGCACAAAGUGCCUAACCAAGACAUUCCGGGGGUGAUUGCACUGACGUUGUUUGAGGACUACGUCUACUGGACAGACGGGAAAACCAAAUCGCUGAGCCGUGCCCACAAAACCUCUGGAGCAGGCAGACUAUCGCUGAUUAACUCCUGGCAUGCAAUAACAGACAUCCAGGUGUAUCACUCCUACAGGCAGCCCGAUGUGCCCAAACACCUGUGCACGCUGAACAACGGCGGCUGCAGCCACCUCUGCCUCCUGGCCCCUGGCAGGACGUACACAUGUGCCUGCCCCACCAACUUCUACCUGGCGGCGGAUAACAAGACCUGCCUGUCCAACUGCACUGCCAGUCAGUUCCGCUGCAAAACGGACAAGUGCAUCCCGUUCUGGUGGAAGUGUGACACUGUGGACGACUGUGGAGAUGGCUCUGAUGAGCCUGAGGAGUGCCCUGAAUUCAGAUGUCAACCAGGACGGUUUCAGUGUGGGACUGGACUUUGUGCUCUGCCAGCCUUUAUCUGUGAUGGGGAGAACGACUGCGGGGACAAUUCUGAUGAGCUGAACUGUGACACACACGUCUGUCUGUCAGGGCAGUUCAAGUGCACGAAGAACCAGAAGUGUAUCCCAGUCAAUCUGAGGUGCAAUGGGCAGGAUGACUGCGGUGAUGAAGAAGAUGAAAGAGACUGCCCUGAAAACAGUUGUUCUCCAGACCACUUCCAGUGCAAAACAACCAAGCACUGCAUUUCCAAGCUGUGGGUGUGUGAUGAGGACCCAGACUGUGCUGACGGAUCAGAUGAAGCUAACUGUGACAAAAAGUCUUGUGGGCCUCACGAAUUCCAGUGCAAGAACAACAACUGCAUUCCAGACCACUGGAGGUGUGACAGCCAGAACGACUGCGGCGACAACUCUGACGAGGAGAGCUGUAAGCCUCAAACAUGCACUUUGAAAGACUUUCUUUGUGCAAAUGGAGACUGUGUCUCAGCAAGAUUCUGGUGUGAUGGCGACUAUGACUGUGCAGAUGGCUCAGAUGAGAGGUAUUGUGAAACAGGCUGCUCCAGGGAUCAGUUCCAGUGUUCCAAUGGUCAGUGCAUAUCAGCAAAGUGGAAAUGUGAUGGUCAUGAAGACUGCAAGCUCGGGGAUGAUGAGAGAAAUUGUGAACCAGCCUCUCCCACCUGCUCCUCCAGUCAGUACGUGUGUGCCAGCGGAGGCUGCGUUUCGGCGUCCUUGAGGUGCAAUGGAGAGUAUGACUGUGCUGAUGGAUCUGACGAGCUGGAUUGUGUGACAGAGUGCAGAGAGGAUCAGUUUGGCUGCAAGAACAAGGCUCACUGCAUCCCUGUGCGCUGGCUCUGCGACGGCAUCCACGACUGCGUGGAUGGCAGCGAUGAGGAGAGCUGUGACCAAGGGGGAAAUAUCUGCAGAGCUGAUGAGUUUUUGUGCAACAACUCUCUCUGCAAACUGCAUUUCUGGGUUUGCGAUGGCGAGGAUGACUGCGGAGAUAACUCUGAUGAAGCUGCUGAGAUGUGUGUCAAGUUUCCGUGCCCCCCAACCAGGCCCUACAGGUGCAGGAACAACAGGGUCUGUCUGCGGCCCGAGCAGCUUUGCAACGAGGUGGAUGACUGCGGCGACAACUCAGACGAAGACCACUGCGAUAAAACCACAUCUAGAGCAAGACCAUGUAAAAAAGAUGAGUUUGCCUGCACUGAUAAGAAAUGCAUCCCCAUGGAGCUGCAGUGCGACUGGUUUGACGACUGUGGAGAUGGUUCGGAUGAGCAGGACUGCAAGAUAAGUGUCACGGAAUACACCUGUGAGGACGACGUGAAUCCCUGUGGAGAUGAUGCCUUCUGUAACCACACGGCAACAUCCCUGCUGUGCCGCUGCAAGCCUGGCUUCCAGAGGAACAAGAGGAACAGGCAGUGUGAAGAUGUCAAUGAGUGCUUGGUGUUUGGUGUCUGCUCCCAGCACUGCACUAAUGUGAAGGGCUCAUACAAAUGUGCGUGCGAGAAAAAUUAUAAGGAGUGGAAUAACAGCUGCAUAGCAAAAGGCUCUGAAGAUCAAGUUCUCUAUGUUGCUAAUGACACUGACAUCCUGGGUUUUGCAUAUCCAUUCAACUACAGUGAUGUGCAUCAGCAGAUCUCCCAUCUUGAGCACAACUCAAGGAUAACUGGGCUGGAUGCAUAUUUUCAAGGAGACAUGAUUGUCUGGAGCACUCAGUUCAACCCGGGAGGCAUUUUCUACCGAAAACUUCACGACAGAGAGAGGAGGCAGAGUAGCAGUGGCCUGAUAUGUCCAGAAUUCAAAAGGCCUCGGGGCAUUGCUGUUGACUGGGUUGCUGGGAACAUUUACUGGACUGAUCAUUCCAGAAUGCAUUGGUUCAGCUACUACACCACCCACUGGACCAGCCUGAGAUACUCUAUCAAUGUAGGACAGUUGAAUGGACCUAACUGUACGAGACUCCUCAGCAGCAUGGCAGGAGAGCCGUACGCAAUCGCUGUGAACCCUAGGAAGGGGAUGAUGUACUGGACUGUCAUUGGGGACCGCUCUCACAUAGAGGAGUCGUCCAUGGACGGUACUCUGCGCAGGAUAUUGGUGCAGAAGAACUUGCAGAGGCCUACAGGCCUGGUGGUGGAUCAGUUCAGCCAGCGCCUGUUCUGGGCAGACUUUGAGCUCUCUGUCAUCGGCAGUGUUCUGUUUGAUGGCUCCGACUCGGUCGUCUCCGUGAGCACCAAGCAAGGUUUGCUGCAUCCACACAGAAUUGACGUUUUUGAGGAUUACAUCUAUGGAGCAGGCCCCAAAAAUGGCGCAUUUAAGGUGCACAAAUUUGGCAGGAGCCUGGUGGAAUAUCUCAGUGUGGAUGUUGCUAAAGCAAAAAGUGCCUUGGUUUUUCACCGCUACAAACAAAUGGACUUGCCUAACCCAUGCUUGGACCUGACAUGUGAAUUCAUUUGCUUACUCAACCCUUCUGGUGCCACCUGUGCUUGUCCAGAAGGAAAAUCCUUAGUGAAUGGAACAUGCAUCGAUCAGAGCCUCUUAGAUGAGACUUGCAAAUUAACCUGUGAAAACGGGGGGAAGUGCAUCAUCAAUGAGAAGGGGGACCCCCGGUGUCACUGCUGGCCCAGUUACUCUGGAGAAAGGUGUGAGACCAACCACUGCUACAACUACUGCCAGAACGGAGGCACCUGCGGAGCCUCUCUGCUCGGGAGGCCAACCUGCAGCUGUGCACUGGGCUUCACGGGACCCACCUGCAACCAGACUGUCUGCCACCGCUUCUGCCAGCACGGGGGCACCUGCAGCGUCACCGCGGGCAACCAGCCCCUCUGCACCUGCCUGCCGGAGUACACAGGGGACAGGUGCCAGUUCUAUGUCUGCCACCACUACUGCGUCAACUCCGAGUCCUGCACCAUCUCCGGGGACGGCAGUGUGGAGUGUGUCUGCCCAGGGCGCUUCGAAGGGCCCAAAUGCGAGGUGGACAGGUGUGCCAGAUGUCACGGGGGACACUGCAUCAUCGACAAGGACAGCAAUGACGUGCUGUGCAAUUGCACUAAUGGAAAGAUUGCCACCUCCUGUCAGUUGUGUGAUGGCUACUGUUACAAUGGUGGCACUUGCCAGCUGGACCCAGAGACAAACGUGCCUGUCUGUCUAUGCUCUGUGGGGUUUAAAAGUCAGCGCUGUGACCAGAAAGUGAACCCUUGUGAUUACUACUGUCAGAAUGAGGGAAUUUGCACUUUAACUGCGUUUAAUGAACCGAGAUGCAAAUGUUCAGCCAACUGGUCAGGCACACAGUGUGAGAGGCCAGCUCCCAAAAGCAGCAAGUCUGACAAUAUCAGCACAAGAAGCAUUGCAAUCAUUGUUCCUCUUGUUUUACUGGUGACUUUGAUCACUACUCUGGUAAUUGGACUAUUCCUUUGCAAAAGGAAAAGAAGGACAAAAACCAUCAGGAGGCAGCCCAUGAUAAACGGAGGGAUCAAUGUGGAAAUCGGCAAUCCGUCGUACAACAUGUAUGAGGUGGGCCACGACCAUACCGAAGGUGGUCUCUUGGCCUCAGAUUUUACUGUAAAUGCAGAAAAGGCCAGAUACAUAGGGGGAGGGCCCACUGCAUUCAAGCUUCCCCACACAGCUCCAUCAAUCUACCUAAACUCUGACUUGAAAGGACCACUGUCAACAGGGCCGAUGAACUAUGCCAACCCCGUGUACGCAAAGCUGUACGUGGACGGGCAGAACUGUCGGAACUCUCUAGCCAGUGCCGACGAGAGAAGAGAACUCCUGCCAAAGAAAAUAGACAUUGGCAUAAGGGAGACUGUGGCAUAACCUGGGCUUACCUUUUCUACUCUGUAUAAAUGUAUAAAAUACGAGGAUUACUUUUCUAUGUACCAACAGUAUUAUAAUUGUUUUGGCAUCAGCAUUACCUCUGGGUUCCGUUCGGUCGGUUGUUUUCUGGGUUUUCUUUUUGCUGAUGACUUUUGACUGACCAUUUGUAAGGUAUUUUUAUGAAGAAGAAAAAAAACCACAAAAAAAAAAAAGAAGAAGAAGAAGAACCUGCACUACAGUACAACUCCCCCACUGCUGCUGGAGGACACCUCUCACGGGUCACCACGGCCAACGACGGACCCCCUCCUAGCGUGGAAAUGAGCAAUCUCUUUUCUAUGGACUUCCUUUGGUUCCACUUAGUCGCUGAGGAUGGUAGCUGCACUCUUCUCAUGCUGUAGUCUGGAAGCUGUAGUACAGUGUGUCCUUUUGUUUGUUUUAAAUGGUGACAGAAUGGUUGACUGGUCUGCUCUCUUCUUUGUGCCCGUUACACUUCCUCUUCAGGUCCUAGUAACGCUCGGUAACUCUUCACAGGCCAACAGAACUGGCUUUGGAGUUAGCUUUAGGUUGCCGAGAGGCAAACAAGGCUAUAGAAAUGAGACAUCCAAUGACCUGCAUGGACCCCGUGACUCUGUGUCAGAAAUUCAGUGACUGUACAUGAAAUACUAAACAUAUAUACCAUGUAAACUAGCUCUGUAUUUAUUAAAACCUUCUAGAACAUAGCAACGAUCUAUCUUGGAAGCUGAGCCCUUACUUGCUGUGGGACAGAGCAUUAUGAACUCCAGCUGCCCUGCAGGACAGUAGCCGCCCCAGAGCACAAGAGGGCAUUGCCUACACAUGCCUUUUAUGUGUAUUCACCUCAUCACAGGCAGUCCAUGUGGAUUAAUGAUUCCCCACCUGCACCAAGCAGUAGGGGAAAAACCCAACCCCCAACCUUAAGCACACCCCCAGCUGAUGACAGCAUUCGGUUUGGCAGUCCCAAAGCAGUCCUGCUGUUGGGAGGUGUUAAAGAACACAAUACCUUUGUUUCUUUAUGGGAGGACAGAGUGAUACUGCAGAGUAACCAAGCUGCUGAUGAGUGGAACCGAACCUAAGCCCCAGUGGCUGUAGUCUGGGCUGAAUGUCCCAGUCCAGUUAUAUCAGAAGGGAAAAGCAUCAGUACCAGUUGCUCUGACCUGGGCUGCUCUCUGUCUGGCAAAGAGGCAAAGCCUGGCACACCUUGUUUGGUUUGGGUGGCAAUGAAGGAUAGAAUUUCUUUCAGGUUUCAAUUGGAUAGGAAUAUUUUCUACAUAACUCUAAAGGCACAAAAGACUUCUUCACACAUCUGCUGUGGAGGACCCUUCCCUCCUCUGCCGGCCACGACUGACGUUUCACUCCCAUAAUCUAUUAACCUAGGCGGUUCCAUCUGUUUGUGGUUGCUCUCUUUUCCCUUUGUACAAGCACUGCAGAGAUAACUGCUGUUUUCUAAGAGAUUUUUUGUUGUACUAUUGUGCAUGCAUACUACCUAUUUCUAAACUGUGCCAUACUGGGGCCUUUCUAAACCUCUUGAUUUCUGUAAUCCCAGUGCACUUUUGGCUUGGACAAUGUUAUGCAUAUCAUAAACUUUUCCAGGUUCUGGUUUCA